AUGGUUAGAGAUGAGAAUGUUUUCUUUAUUGGGCUUAUGGAGACAAAGAUGUCUAAUAUUGGUAGAAUGGAAGUGGAUUGCCUUUUGGGCAAUGAGUGGGAUUACUUUCACCAACCCGCUGUUGGGACUUCUGGUGGUAUUUUGGUUUUGUGGAACAUUAAGUUGGUGUCUUUUGAGGUGUGUGAAGCUUCUUCCCAACUGAUUAUUGGUAAUCUUUCGAUUCCCUUCUUAGGAAUGUGGAAGAUUGCUACGGUUUAUGGAAGCCGUUGCAACAAGGAGAGAGGCGAUCUUUGGAGUCAAUUGGAGAGGCGCAUGGAGAAUUCUAGUCCUUCCAUUAUUGGGGGUGACUUUAAUUGUAUUCUAAAUAAAGAAGAAAAGAGAGGUGGUAAGAGGUUCCUGUUUUCCAAGGGACCGAGAGAUAUGAAGAGCUUCAUGGUAAAUUCAGACUUCCAUGACAUUGGCGUUGUUGGGCCAAGAUACACAUGGUGUAAUAACAAAGAAGGUAACUCUCGGAUAUGGGAGAGGUUAGACAGAUGUAUUUUGAACUCCUUGGCUAUGCAGAAGCUUCCUUUGGCAGUAAACAGGCAUUUGGCGAGGAUGGCGUCUGAUCACUGUCCAAUUGUGCUCAAGAUGGAUGAUAGAAUACGUUUUAAGCCAAGAACAAUCAAGUUUGAAGACACAUGGAGAUCCUAUCCGGCGGCUAAAAGCAUAGUUUAUCAUUCCUGGAAGAAACAAGAUGAAGGUAAUGAGUAUGAAGUCUUAAGGAGAAAACUUAAUCGUACUUUAAAAUCCUUGUUUUUCUGGAGUAGAAAUAAGUGCAAGGAUUUGAAUGCUUUAAAGGAUAAUUUGAAGAAAGAGAUCCUUGAAUUGCAAAACAAAGAAGCAUUGAAUAACAAUUGGUCUGCUGAAGACUUGUUUUUACUUAGAAACAAGGUUCAUCAACUCAAUAUCACUAUGAAAAGACUUUCUACAUGGUGGAAUCAAAGGGCCAAGGCUAGGUGGCAUGAGGAAGGCAACACAAAUUCUAAGUUGUUUCAUAAUUUUGCGACUGCCAGAAGAAAUGGGAACCGUAUCUUCCAGGUCAAAGAUGAAGCUAAUAAGGUGCAUAUGGAUGAGGAUCAAAUUGAGAAAGUCUUCACCAAAUUCUUUGAGAAAAAGUGGGAGUAUAGGGAAUGUGAAGUCACGGGCUAG